ACUACGCAUUUUGAUUCUUUUCAAUUUUGAUCGACAAAAUAAAGCAAUAAGGAGUCAUCGUCUCUCCUCUUUUCCCAAACGCAAACCCUAGAAAGAGGAAAAGAGAAAAGAGUCUCCUUUGUGGAGAGCCGAGAGAGCGAAGAUGGUGUUCUACUUCAAAGCCCGACCAGAAGCCGGAGACUACACCAUCUUCAUGGGUCUUGACAAAUUCGAGAACGAAGAACUCAUCAAAUACGGGUUUCCCGAAGAUAUAUGGUUCCAUGUGGACAAAAUGUCUUCUGCCCAUGUUUAUCUAAGGAUGCGUAAAGGUCAAACAAUUGAUGACAUUUCUGAAGGACUUCUUGAAGAUUGUGUUCAACUUGUCAAAGCAAAUUCCAUCCAAGGAAAUAAAGUGAACAACAUUGAUGUUGUUUAUACACCUUGGCAAAACUUAAAGAAGACUCCAUCCAUGGAUGUAGGUCAAGUUGGCUUCCAUAACAAUAAAGCUGUGCGCACUGUGAGGGUGGAGAAGCGAAUAAAUGAGGUAGUUAAUAGACUGAACAGGACAAAAGUUGAAAGAAAACCUGAUCUGAAAGCUGAGCGUGAAGCAGUUAAUGCUGCAGAAAGGGCAGAGAGGAAGCAGCAGCUGAGAGACAAAAAAAGGAGAGAGGAGAUGGAAAGGCUUGAAAAGGAGAGACAAGCGGAGGUGAGGAGCUACAAAAAUCUAAUGGUGGCUGACAAAAUGACUUCCAAUAAAGAGAUUGCAUCAACCCACAAGUCCUUACAAGAACUCGAAGAGGAUUUCAUACUUGUGGAUUUCAAGUGUUAUGAUUAUGAUAUGAUGAUGCCCCGAGUCUCUUGGUUUUUGUGGAUGUUUAAUAAAAAGGUAAAAUGGCCGGAAUUCCACAAUUCCAAGAGGGAGGGAAGCUUGGCUAUUGUAUUUGCAUUAAGUUAUCUUGAUAUGCAUAUGAUUGUUGCAGUCUUCCAGAAGACUUUGAGGCUAACUAAUGAGAGUCGCAGAAAGAUUGCAUCUGGGAAGAUAGUUAACUUGAUGACAACUGAUUCUGAAUCACUCGGGCAAGUAACUCAAUCACUUCACACUUUAUGGUCUGCACCUUUUCGUAUCAUUCUUGCUUUGGUUCUUCUCUACCAACAACUUGGUGUUGCUUCAGUCCUUGGUGCAUUAUUGCUAGAUCUCAUGUUCCCCAUACAGGUGUUUAUGAUCUGUUUGAUUUGGGGAUUAUGGUUGGUCUUUUUGUUACAACUUUUAUACACAAUAGAUGGAGGCUUAGCUGAAAAAUGA